CCGUGGAGAAUUCGUAGGGCAGCAGGUGGGGACCUUGGAGAGCUCCAGGGGUCUUGCAGCAGGGGCCCGCGACAGGCCCGAGACAGAAACCGCUUCAAUCUUGCGACUUCAGACGCCGACCUUGGUUGUUGGCUCUUGGUCGCCUCUGCAGCGUCGCCUCUGAAGCUCACGCCUCGCUCGCUCUGUACCCUCUUGGGGCAUCCCGAUUCGUGUGUCCACACCUCAGCGGGACCCGUGUGCGGCUCGCAACCCUUUUUCACGACGGACACGCACGGCCACAACGGUGGGGUCUGUUGACGAGAGACGAAGACGAAGCAGCUCGGUGCCCGCAACUCAAUUUCCCCGCACGCUUCCAUACCGCCCGCCGCCGCACUCGACUGACGCUGGCAGACGAUGCCAUGUAUCCUGGCGCGCCAGGUUUCGGCCGGUGACGCCGGCGGCCGACGUGGGUUGCGGGGCCUGCCAUCUGGUACCCCCGAGGUUUGAGGCAUCACCACCCGGGACCGCAACCCCCCGCCACAAGGAGGCAGCCUUUGCGUGCCCUCGCAUACACGUAGGGGCCGCCUUUUCACGCCCCGGUUUGAUCGACUCGCCAGAUGUCAUGGACUUUUUUUGCAAUCGAUUUUGCCGGACGGCGCCAGAGGAGGCGAGCAACCACCUUGUCGCCCCAGGCAGGACGCGCCUUUGCCGGGUUUCCGAUGUGUCCCAUCGGCCCUGUUCAGUUAUAACCGUGGUCUUGGCAUCUCGCCGAGUAUUUUGGACCGUCGCCUCCUCGAGCCUUUGUGUCCCGUCCUCGCCUCGUUUCCUUUCCCCUUCUUCAAACGUGCUCGCUCCUUGGACGUCCACCAGCUGUCGUCCGUUCGCUUCUUCGCCGCGCUGGUUGUGUGCCUUGUACAGUACAUUCGUUCCUUGCUCACGUACCGACUCUCCUUUUCGAGGCCGCUUCCACCUGGCCGGCUUCAGGUCUGCUUGCACAUAGAGACAUUUUACUUCAACUGGUCUGGAACCAAAGUAACACAAAGCUCUUUGACACCACCCGAACAUCGUCGCACAUACGAGCCCGCAAAAAAAGCAGCCAAUAUGCAUAUCAAGACCAUUCUCGUCGCCCUCGUGGGCAUAACCGCCGUUGCCGAAGCCACCGACGGCCCUCACCGCUCUCUCUUCGCCAACACCCUGAGCCGUCGCCAGAACAACCGAGGCGGUCGAAACGGCGGCCAGCAAGGAGGUGGCAGGAACGGCGGCCAGGGAGGCGGCGGCGGCAAUCGGAACGGCGGUGGUGGUGGCGGAGGCGGCGGCCGCACCCUGAGCGCCAACCUGGUCCAAGACGCCUCGGCGGACGACGGCAACAAUCCCGGCGCUGAUGCCCAGGCUGCUUCUGCAACCGACAACAACAACUUCAUCAACUUCUGCCAGGGCAAGGGCAAGACCACCAACGGCCUGCAGAUCAAGGCCGGCUCUUGCAACGGCAUUCCCAUGGGAAGGAUCCCCGGGAUCAACAGGAUGGUUUCGUCCGUCUUUGUCAACCCCAAGAACGGAGACAACCUCCCGGCCAAUAAGGACUUUAAGAUCCAGGUCCAGAUUUCCAACCUGCAGAGCGGCUCCUUUACCAACGCGACUUCGACGUACUACGCUGCGCCGCAGGACCUCAAUGGCAAUGGCCAGAUCAUCGGUCACACGCACGUCACCGUUCAGGACACUGGCAGGACCCUCAACCCGCAGAAGCCCCUGGACCCCACUCAGUUCGCCUUCUUCAAAGGCAUCAACGACGACGGCAACGGCAACGGACUCUUGGCCGCCGACGUCGCGGGUGGCCUGCCCGCCGGCAACUACCGCCUCUGCAGCAUGUCGUCGGCCUCCAACCACCAGCCCGUCCUGAUGCCCGUCGCCCAGCGCGGAGCUCAGGAUGACUGCGUCCGCUUCACCGUGGGCGGCGGCGGCAGAGGCGGCGGCAACAAUGGUGGCAACAAUGGUGGCAAUAACGGUGGCAACAACAACCAGGGCGGACAGCGAGGCGGUAACAACAACCAGCAGCAGGGUGGCGGCGGUCAACGCGGCCAGAACGGUCAACAGGGUCAACAAGGGCGCCAGGGCCAAGGCGGUCAGGGCCAGCAAGGUCAACAGGGCCAGCAAGGGCGUCAGGGCCAGGGAGGCCAGGGCCAGCAAGGUCAACAGGGCCAGCAAGGGCGUCAAGGUCAGGGCGGCCAGGGUCAACAAGGUCAACAAGGUCAACAGGGCCAGCAAGGACGUCAGGGCCAGGGCGGUCAACAAGGCCAACAAGGCCAGCAGGGCCAGCAGGGCCAGCAGGGCCGGCAAGGCCAGGCGGGAGGCAACGGCGGGGGCCGACGGCAGGGGCAGUAGUGGCCGCACCGGAGACCGAGGGGGCGCCGCGGGCCGGGGCGAGGAGGCGAACAGCCGUGCGGGUUCUCGGGCCCCGAGAGACCUGGACGACGCGCUCGUCAUUGACGGCAAGCCAGCACUUCCGAACAAGCGUGCCGAGGUCGUACAGCGAGCCUGCGACCUCUAGCGCAGCGGCUGUGUUGACGCCGUCAGCUCUCGAGCCUUGGGCGGCAUCAGCGGCGCCGACUGCGAGGACCAAUUUUCAACUUGUGUAUCGGAGCUCUCUGACCAACCGCCCAAGAGGCCGGCCGGGCGGCUGCCGAAUGAAUUAUGCUGACUUUUGCUUUAAUACGUGUGGAUAGUUAUAUUGGCAUAAAUGCUGACUGCCUGGUUGACGGAUGUGGAGUCAGAGACAUGUGCCGCUGACCACUGCGCGACGUGUGAUGUCGCAGUGCAGGCCUCUACGGAUGGAGUGUGCGAGCGCGGGCUUGGAUCCGAAGCAUGUGCAUGCGUAAGUGACGGCGGACUGGCUACAGUGCUAAGGAGGGGCUCAGCGCCCCAUGUAGAGCGUUGUAUCAAGUGUGGCUUAUAGAUCGUGGAACGAGGUGUUGCGGUAUCUAGACUGUCGAGGCUACUAGCUUGCCGUCGCAAUCGUGUGCAGUGACACCUCAACCGGCCCAGUCAAGAUCUGACUUAUUGACAGGCCGUAACAUGCAGGAACCGCGG